AAUGAGGCCACAAUACUUUUCUUGCAAAAAGACAAUAAACAAGCAAAAAAAGGGAAAAUGCUCUCUUUGUAAGCAUACUAAUCAUUGGAUUUGUCUACAGGACAAUCUGUAUGCACUCUGCGUUUCAAUUCAAAAUUGCCAAGCAAAGAUUGUGUUAAGAAGAUGUGACAAAAAGGAAUUUGAAGCUAAACAAAUAGUUUCUGACAAUGAAAUGAUUGAUUCUCUUAUCACAAGUGAUGGAAUGGCUGAUGAAAACCAUCCUCAGGAAGAUUUGGGAGACCAUCAGAUUGUUAAAUAUUUUUGUACAAAUAAACCUGUUGCUAUAGAUAUUACAGUUGUUGAUGUGGAAGGUUUUCAUAACAGAUUGAAUUUAAAUGUUGGAAACAGCAAAUCAUUUUAUCAUCUUCUAGAUGAGUUAAAAAGAGAAGCCGAUCUUGUGCCAGUAAUACAAAAAAUGCUAUGUAAAAAAAAAUUGAAGCAUUAUCAAAAAAGAUUUAUGUAA